GUUCUGGAAAGACCGGACCCAAAUAAUUUUGAAGUUUUGUUUGCGGACUUUCGAUAAAAAUAGUUGAGUAGCCCUGCUCUAUACCACUAGUAUCUGUAAUAUAGCUGUAUAGAGGGUUUAGUGUAGUACCAUACAAGAGUCAUCACAUUUCUGCAUUUGUUGUCCCUGCGUGGUGAUAGUACAGGUGAUCAUCUCUAUACUUUGGUAAGCUCUAUUAGGUGGCCGUGAUGUCGCAGUAGCAUAAUUUUUAAAUUUGGUAGUCAGAUGGGGAUUUGGAUUAUUUGCCUGUGAGCGUUUAUGACCUGGCUAGGCGUAAACACAAGUUUAUCCUCCUUUUAUUAUUCCACUUAAUAACACUAGUCUAAAUAGUUGGUAUGGUGAUUUUUAAUUUGUUAUUGAUGAAAUUACAUCCAUGGAUUAUUCCGUUAUGCUAUGCUUUAUUGAGUCUGAAUAGAUGUUGCUGUGGCAACAAGUCAGCAACUUUGUUAAUUUGUAUGGGAAUACUUGUUUCAACGUAAUUUAAUAUAUUUUAAUAUAUAAGUCCUCAAUUAAUAUAUAGCCUGAGCACUCUUUAAAUAAACUGUCAGUCAUCUAAAGAGAAUGCACCAUGUAGAAAAAUGAAACAAGAUAUUUGAACUACCUGAAAGGCAUUCUGAUUGUCAAUUUAGAUUUGUAUAUAGGGUCUAAUUGACAUUAUAUUCCAGAAGAUAAUAGUUAUGGUAAUUAAAAUUUACUAAUAUCAAAAGAAAAUCUUCUAAUAUGGAUGAUGAACCAUUUUUUUCGCAAGAUGAACUCAAGCCACCACAGCAUGAAAGGUGGGCACCUCUUGGAGCUGCCGCAUCUCCCGAUCCAGUAAUUUUCACGGAACCACAAAGGAUAGGGGGCAGCGAGGAAAAAAUAGAAGUUUUGGAAAAGGAGAAACAAGACCUUCAGCAAUCUUUAUUUUCACUUACUUCACGGUUUGCCCAAAUACAAUUUCGGCUUCAACAGAUUAUAGAGGCUGACCCACAAGAUAAACCUAAAUUACUAGAAGAGUUGGACGCACUUGCAAAUCAAGGAUGUAUUGACAGCAGCGUUGUUUACAGAGUGAAUGAACCAGCGGAUGAUGAAAAAAUAACAGAGGAAAAACAAUUAGAAAAUCAUGAAGAAAUCAUACGCGAGUUGAAGAACCAGUUAGAUGAUCUGGAAAAUUAUGCUUUCAAGCAUGGCUCUGGGGAUGUUCCUCAAUCUGUAAUGCUACAGAAGCAACAGGUCGUAUUGGAUCAGCUCAUAAGCAAGCUGAAUUUGAAUGUAAAUCGGACAGAACUUGCUCAAUCAUCGAUUGAUGACCUCAAAGGUAGAGUCAAUGAUGCAGUUGAUGAAAUUAUAAAUCCUGCCAAGAUCAAGGAAAAAUUAGUUGAUCAUCUCCAGACACAAAUUCAAGAUCUUGAGCGUUUUGUCAAAUUUUUACAAAUUGAGGUUGAAUCAGAAGGAGCACUACCAAAAUCAUCUGGAUCUGUCCCUGGUAACAUGGAUGAUGAUGUAAGGCGAGAGCAAAAAUCACAGAAUUUGGCUUUGCUCAGGCGGGCUUUGAGCAUUCUUCAAGUAUUUGCUAUUACACAACUUGGAUGUGGUACAAAAUCAAUGCAAGCCGAGACAAUUGAGGAGACUAGAAAACUUGGUACUGAUCAUUUGUUGAAAGACCUGAAAAAAGCGGUCAGUGCUGUGAAAGGAUGCAUAACAGCAACCAAUAACUCUGAUAGUGAUGAUUGUGCAUUUGAUUCUGUGAGCACUCGAGAACUAUAUUACGCUGAAUUAGAAGAAAACGAAAAAGCAGCUGUACUUGCAGUGGAUAGUGAAUUGACUCAGGUUGUUCGGAAGCAAUUAUGUCCAGCAAUUAUUAGCUUGCUAGCACAUGGACUAGUUGUAGAUGCAACCAUUUCUACUAGCACCAGUUUGGUCACACCAAUAUCAUGUUUGUUACCGAAAAAGUUAAAUGGCUCUCUGGCCACGACACCUCUUCAUCCUUGGGAGUUGUUCAUUGAAUACUAUGAGGCAAAAAAGGGAGCAGACUUGGCAAGAGCGCCAUCUAGGAUGUUGACACGUUCGUUUGAUCUGGAGCCAUUGGUGUCCAGUGGUGGUGUACACAGGAUAAGCAUCAAACAUUCACUGCUAGAAGCAAUUCAUAUGGUUCUUAAUGAACAUAGUCCUUUGAAGAGGAGCUAUGAUUUGAUGCUGAAAGCACUUAUUUGUCUUGGACUCAACUCUGGUCGCUUAGUUCUAUGGAUCAGAUUAAUAAUGAAAACAUCAUGGUUAAUUGUAAACCACUACACAGAUUUUAGCUAUGUCGCACAAACUGGUUUUGAAGGAGCACUUACUAUUUUGGGCAGACUAGACUCAUGUGUGUUUAACUUGCCUGUGGACUUGGCUGUUAGACCUUUCAAGAAUAUUAGAGACGCCUUUUGAAUCUCUCAUUCGGCUGUAUCUACACCGUUUAUUUGGAUAACUGGAUGCAAAUAUUACAUGUAAUCAGAUAUAGAACGAGAUCUGGUAGUCAUGUUGGAUUAUAAUGACCAAACUGAAGCUGGGCAUUUUAGCAAUACUCAAGAAUUUUACAAUUAUGUGAAAUAUAUAUAUAUAUAUCGUUUAAUAAGAGGUGCAAUAUUUUGAUAGUUAUCACUGUUGUUGUUGAUGCAUUAGGAUCAUGGUGUUCAAUUAAAUGUUUGUAUUGCUGGAUGAUUUUUUUUCAUGGUUGAUAUAUUAAUAAUUCGAAUAAAAGACCGAUAUAUUUAUCGCUUCCCAUUGAUACAAUUUUUUAAAUAUGCUGGCAUGAAUUGGGACUUGUAAUGUAUUCGUUACCAGCAAGAAAAAUCUUAACAUAGAUCACCAUGUUCUUCACAUCAUUUUUGAUCUGGAAGUUCAGUCAUGCGAACUAUUUGUUUUAACCGCUUAUUUUUCGAGUUCAAAUUGUUGUAAAUAUGUAAUGAGGCUUGUUGUUGAAAUUUUUAUUUUAUUUGUGUUGAGUAAAUUUGCACAUUCAAUGCACUAACCUUGCUGUAUGGCCACAAUCUAUAUCUCAUGCGUUGAGAAUUGAGAUGUUAUCCAUGGUGUCUGUUGGAAAUAUA